UGUGGGCUCCUCGUGUGUGAAUAAUGGAUCUCCCGGCUGCGGCUGGCUCAAGAGGCAGGAACCCCAGGAGAAAACUCCCCCGGAUGGGUUGCAACACCCCGUGCAGGAGCUGCAAUGCCUCUGGCCGGGCGAGCAGCGGAGGACGGCGCUUUGGCUCAAGGUGCUGCUUGACCUAUUACAGCUGCACCUUCCUGCAGAGUGCAACAUGACAGAGCUCCAUGAAGCCGUGGCUGUGGGUGACUAUGACCUGGUGAAAAAGAUUUUGAAGGCAGGGCGCUGUGACCCAAACCAUAAGGAUGCUGACUGGCAUGACAGGACCCCCCUGCACUGGGCUGCUGCCAAAGGGCGCUCGGACCUGGUCAGGCUCCUGGUGGAUCACGGUGCCCGGCACUGCCUGCGGAGCGAUGUGGGCUGGACCGCGGCUCACUUCGCUGCCGAGGCGGGGAAGCUGCGGGUGCUCCGCACCCUGCACUCCCUGCACGCUGCUAUGGAUGCCGCCGACCUCUUCGGAGACACUCCCCGGAGGUUCGCGGAGAUCUACGGACACCGGGAGUGCUCCAAAUUCUUGGAAAAAGCAGAGGUGGAGAGCAGGAACUACCGCAGGAAAGCUGCGCUGAGAAAAAUCCCCUUAGACCAGAGAGAUGAAGACUGGGAACUCAAGAAAGAAGAGCUUCAGAAAAAUCCACCAUGUUUUUGGGAGAAGUGCACGGCUUCUAUUCGAAAGAAAAAUGGGGAAAAAAAGGGGAAGCGGUAGUGUGCCCUGCCUGUUUGGUGCCUCCAAGUCUUUGCAAUGCAGAGC